CAAUUAGAUCAUUACAUUUGGGCGUACCUGAAUGAUAAGAGAUAUGGGCCUCUUAACAGAAUUUAUCGGCAGUUGAAUGCUCAUGCCUAGUUUAAAUCUUAAGCGCUUUGUCUCUGUGGUCAACUAGUUGUACUGGAGUGCACAGACAGCAUCCCCCGCAGGUUCACCGUCUGGUGAUGGACGCAAUUAAUCAAUUUUAAAUGUUCAUUACUGAGCAUUUCUUUUUUUAAUAGGUCGGCUACUGACACUGGUCACACACGGAUAUUCUUCACUCCGUGAGGGUUGAAUAGCUAGAAUAUUUGCUUUCUUGCCUGUAUUAAGCUAAGCUAGCUGUUGUAGCUAGCCAUGGUUCUGAUAGAAUCGCAGUGCGAGUAUUUUAUGUAUUUUCCUGCGGUUCCCAUCGCGGACCUGUCCGAUCCGUCAAAAUACCGAACUCUCCCCCGACGCAGUCACCUCUACCUCGGCGAAACGGUACAGUUCUUGCUGGUCCUGCGGUCCAGAGAUGGAGCAACGGGCUCAGGCGGGACAAAGAGAAGCGAGUCCAGUGACAGUAGUACCCGGACUUGGAAGGAGCUGGUAAGGUCCCUCUCCGCUGUAGCAAGUGUCUGUCCUGGCGAGAGUCGACAUCGUUCCCAACUUCACCCUCACGAGUUCCAGAGAAGCUACAGCGACGACGGUGUGGACGAGGAUCCGGACGAGGUUGACUUUGCUGCGGGUACAGCCCACACUGUCAGGAAGGAAUCUAAGAACCGAGGUUUCAGAGAAUGCAAACCGCUUCUCAUACAUAAUAACACGGGGAGUGAUGGGAGGCAGUAUCGGCGCGCACCGGUACAGUCUCCCAUGGAUGAACCAGUGGUACUGAGCGAUGAGGUAAUCUUCCCUCUGACCGUCUCACUGGACAAACUCCCCGUGAACACACUCAAGGUCAAGAUCGUAGUGACAGUGUGGAAGCAGGAGGAGGAGAAAGCAGAGAUCAAGGAACAUGGCUACCUAACCAUUUUACAGUUGAGGAGUCCCACACACACGUUCAGACAAGACCUCAACUCCUUCAAAGCCCAAGUCAGCACCACGUUAAGUGUACUCCCUCCCCCGGCGGUGAAAUGUCAGCAGAUGACCGUCUCCGGGAAGCACCUAACUUUCCUCAAAGUAUUAAACUCCAGUUCCCAAGAAGAGGUUUGUGUUAGGGACGUCAGGAUCCUUCCCAACUUCAACGCAUCCUACCUUCCCAUGAUGCCUGAUGGCUCGGUGCUCCUAGUGGACAAUGUCUGCCACCAAUCAGCGGAGGUUGCCAUGACAUCCUUCAACAGAAUGAACAGUAGCUCCUCCCACCUUCCCAGCAUGCUGUCUGCCCUGGAGGAGCAGAACUUCCUGUUUCAGUUGCAGCUCAGAGACCAGCCAGAGGAUGAAAGCAAUGAGGGUCUAGAGGUCCCCUUGGUAGCUGUUCUGCAGUGGUCCACCCCUAAACUUCCCUUUACCAGGUACAUCUCCACCCACUAUCAGCUGCCCAGCGUGAGACUGGACCGCCCCCGGCUGGUGAUGACAGCUUCCUGUCCCAGCGCUGUGCGUCCUCAGGAGAACUUCCGGGUCAAAUACACCCUCCUGAACAACCUGCAAGACUUCCUGGCUGUACGACUAGUCUGGACGCCUGAAGGCCGUGGUCGUCAGGAGGACCCCUCAGUGACUUCCAUAGUGUGCCACACCCCCCUCAACAACCUGGGCCAGUGCCGGAAAGGAUCCACCCUCUCCUUCACCGUCGCCUUCCAGAUUCUGAAAGCAGGACUCUUCGAGUUAAGCCAGCACAUGAAGCUGAAGCUCCAGUUCACGGCAUCCUGUUCCACCGCCCCGGCUGAAGCUCUUUCCAUGUCCCUCUCCCUGUCCAGGAAGAACUCCCCCUCCAGCCCGGCUGUCAGAGACCUGCUGGACAGACAAAGUCUGGGACGCUCACAGUCUUUCUCCCACCAACAGCCCUCCAGGUCCCAUCUUAUGAGGACAGGCAGCGUGAUGGAGCGCCGGGCCAUCACCCCUCCCGUGGGAUCGCCAGUGGGUCGACCUCUCUACCUCCCCCCCGAGCGGCCCGUACUCUCACUGGACAAGAUCGCCAAGAGAGAGUGUAAGGUGCUGGUUCUGGAAAGCGGAAGGGAUCAGGAGACAUGAUGGACACAGAGAGAUGGAGGAGGGAAAUGUGGGAUGCAUGGAGGGACAGAUGGUAGGAGAAUGACGUCCCUCGCGUUAAAUAUUUCCAGCAUCCCACAAAAAAAGCAUGCAUGAACAACAGCCUGUGACUGACAAACAGACCAGACUGACACCAGACUGACACCAGACUGACACCAGACUGACACCAGACUGACACCAGACUGACACCAGACUGACACCAGACUGACACCAGACUGACACCAGACUGACACCAGACUGACACCAGACUGACACCAGACUGACACCAGACUGACCUGCUGCAUGUGAACCGUAUCAUUUCAAGACAAGUUGCUUUCGGCAACAUCGUUUCAUGUGUUUAUCUGAGCAUUUUUAUUUGACUUUAAAUAGUACUUUUUAUGUACUAUUGAAAGUGGGUUUAGUCCUUGUGUAAUGCUGUAAUUAAACAUGUAAAUAAUCGGUUUUAAACCGGCUGAGGUCAGGCAGACUAUUUAUUGUGCUUACUUCAGUAAAUACUGGCACUAAGGCACAAGCUGGUUUGGUUCAUGGCCAGUAAACCUUGGCUAAGAUCCAGCCCUUACCUGUGGUAUGUUGACCAUAUACCACAAAGCCCUGAGGUGCCAUACUGAUAAUAUGAAUUGCUUAUCAGAAUAGGGAAACAUGUAUUUUCACAUACCUGUGACGCAUGGUCUUCUAUUCAAGGCUCAGUCCAACCAGUUUCUAAACUUUUGUGACACGUGAUAUAUGUAAAACGUGUAUUAAUUAUGUUUCUCCAGUUUGGUCUCAGAUCUGUUCGUGCCAAGUAACUACUAUUGUGAAAGCACCCACAGUAUUCAACUUAGCCUGGUCUAAGAUCUGAUUGUGCUGUCUCGACCGGUCAGAUGGCCAUUGCCACAGCAACUGUCAAGACAGCGCUGACAUAUCUGAUAAGAGGUUGAAGUUAUUCUGCUUACGCUUACCAAGUGUCAUCACUCAAUGUUUGAGAGUGUUGUAUUUUAUUGGAGACACACAGUCUUUACACUGUAUUUUUUUCGUUAAGUGGUCUACCAGAGAGGUUUUUGGUUCAGGCUAAAUGUAUUUAUUGUCAUAAGUUUAUCCUUGUCUUUUUAUUUACUAUCUGCGUUUUCUGCAGCUUUAAUGUCUUAAAGUGCUCAUACACUUAUUAAUACACUCCUGAGUAAAUAGACUGUAUGUAGAUGUAUGCUGUUAUAUUCCACACUCCAUGACAGGAAAAAAAUGAUUGUCUUCAUAAGGUUGUUCACCCCAUUCCCUGCUAAUAGUCAUCGUUUCAAAGUAGAGCACUAAAUAGUGUUUAGUGUGCCAUUUUGGAUGGAGCUUUACAUGGCUGUUGACCGAUGUCAACAGCUGUGUUGAUCAUAUGCUAUUCAUUCACAAUUCAAACUUUGUAGGGAUUUAGUAUUUGGCAACAAUCCAGAAUAGUAGAUUAUUUAGAAGGAAUGUCAGUCACGGGAGCUAGUUUUUUUUGUUUUGAACUGUUUACAUUUCCAUGAAGAACAUUGAACAAUGGUGCUUGUGUUUGUAUGUGCGUGCACUUUUCCUUUCCUGAUUUGUUGUAUGUUUCUGAAUGAGUCUUUAAUAGUAUGUUUUAUUCAUCAGUGUAGACGGCUUGUGGGUCUGAAGACCUGGUGUGACAUGACAAUGUGAAGCUGAGGACAUUCCAAAUAGUUGGACAAAAUGUGUCUGAUUUGAAUAUU